AUGGCCACCACUAUGGACGAGACCACUCUCUCUACACUCGAUCUGUUGGAGUCGCGACUCCUUCGUGUUGAGCACCUUCUCUACGGCCAGCCCCAAACGCCGGCGCUGGCUCAGGAUCGAUCAGCGACCGAUCAAAUCGGCCAACUAGAGCGGCGCUUCUCCCGGCUCUUGGACGAUUUCCGUGUUUAUCAUGAGCUCAUGAAGAUUUACCGCGCCCAUCCUGAUUUCUUUCAUGCACCCGACCCAUCAGAACCUCCAUCGCAACUCGACGUUGAUGCUAUCCAAUCCAUUGUUCUAGCCUCCGCUUCAGCAUUCCCCGCCAUUCUGUCGUCUCUUACCGCUAUCAAGGACAGCCCGAUCCCAGAUCCAGCAGAGAGUGCAGCUCUUGUAGCUCUACAGGGUCGAAUGAAGGCCAUCGAGGCAACGCAGAUUGCACAAGCUGCCGAGAUAGCAGACCUUCGACAACGAAGCGAGACAGCCGUGCGAGCAUGGUAUGAGACAGGAGUCCUCAGCAAUUCGAGAGCGAUGGCGGAUAUAGAGUCCCGUUUCGAGGUCGUCGAGCGCCAGGUGAGGAGAGCAGAGCGGGAGCAAGAGGCUGAAGACGAGUUAUGA